UGUUAGAAAUGUACAGUAAAUUGAAGGAGCAGCUUGAAUCUAAAAGGUAACUGCACUUCCUUACUCUCCUCACUAUGUUCAUUGUUGUCAUCAAUGUUACUCCACCGCAAUAUAUUAACAAUAAAGUCACUCUCUCUAGAUAACAUGGCGCUUUAGACAGUAACACCCUAACUCUUUCAUAGAAACCCACUCUGGCUCAGUAUAGCUCAUAAACAAAAGGCAAGCUAUCUUGACAUAUUUCACAGAAAUCUGAUUUGAAACUAUUUCCGUGGAACCAAGCAGAGGGGAAGGGAAGCUCACGCUGAACCGGACAGUAAUGACCCUUCCUUGUCACUUAUUGUCUGUUUAAUCAGUCAUAACACAUCAUAGGGAGAGGUCACCAUUCAAACGCAGGACAGUUGACCUAUUGUGUAACCUUCUUCACAGCACAGCGGUCUCCUAGACAACACUGCUGUCACAGGCGCCGGCCAGAGAGUUGGAAAGAGACCCUCGCUUUGCCAUCGAUCGCUUCUGUGACAGCAUGGGCAGCGCCAUUGAGGGAAUUCUCCAUUUUAAACUAGACCUCCAUUUCUUCUUCUUCUAUACGUUUAUUGGUAGACAAACUGAAAAGGGGAAGGCCUAUACCGCCCCCUGGAGUGUGUAGUCUGACCAGACAUAAUGCCCCCUGCAGUACUGGAGCGUUUGCUCAGGAGUACAGUUCACUGACUGGCCCCUCUGUGAUCCCUCCGUAACCAUAGCAAAUCACACCCAGUUAACUACUGUAUAAAUACUUCAUCCUUCAGCGGUGCUCCCCGUGCUGAAACAGGCUUGUGGCAGGCGUUCUCUAUCUGACUCUAUGGCAGGCGUUCUCUAUCUAACUCUAUGUCUCGGUCCCAGUGAAGUCAAUUAUACCAGUGUUUCUCUGUGGGUCUCCUGUCAGCACUAAUGACCAGCCUGGGACAUGGCCUAAUCACAAUGGGAAUGAACUACGGUUCACAUGGAACAACUCACUCACUAGGCAGGGGACACACUGGGCAGGGGACACACUGGGCAGGGGACACACUGGGCAGGGGACACACUGGGCAGGGGACACACUGGGCAGGGGACACACUGGGCAGGGGACACACUGGGCAGGGGACACACUGGGCCAAACAUACACUCACUAGGCAGGGGACACACUGGGCAGGGGACACACUGGGCAGGGGACACACUGGGCAGGGGACACACUGGGCCAAACAUACACUCACUAGGCAGGGGACACACUGGGCCAAACAUACACACACUGGGCAGGGGACACACUGGGCAGGGGACACACUGGGCAGGGGACACACUGGGCAGGGGACACACUAGGCAGGGGACACACUGGGCCAAACAUACACACACUGAACAAACACCUACACACACACACACACACACACACACACACACACACUGGAUGAACACACACACUUGACUAGCAUGCACACACGGUUCCCUUUUAAAAAGGCUGUUGGGGUGACUGGUUUGGUCAAAAUAUGUGGUCCUCUGUAGCUCAGCUGGUAGAGCACGGCGCUUGUAACGCCAAGGUAAUGGGUUCGAUCCCCGGGACCACCCAUACACAAAAAAUGUAUGCACGCAUGACUGUAAGUCGCUUUGGAUAAAAGCGUCUGCUAAAUGGCAUAUUAUUAUUAUAUUAUAAAAUAGCCCUCAUACUGUUUAGGACAGUGGUUCCCAUCUAGGGGUACUUGGCCUAUCCACAUGGGGUGUUUGAGAAGACCCAUGAGACCAUAGACUUACAGGUAAACUGCAGGAGGGGGAAGUUCAGGGGUCAUCCAGGCAGAGCUACAUUCAGUUGGUGGGACAGUAAAUGAUAAAGGUUGGGAACCGCUGGGUUAUGUGUGAUGUCAUCAGUGGGUUAGGACAUGGUGUUAUUAUGUGUGAUGUCAUCAGUGGGUUAGGACAUGGUGUUAUUAUGUGUGAUGUCAUCAGUGGGUUAGGACAUGGUGUUUAUUAUGUGUGAUGUCAUCAGUGGGUUAGGACAUGGUGUUAUUAUGUGUGAUGUCAUCAGUGGGUUAGGACAUGGUGUUAUUAUGUGUGAUGUCAUCAGUGGGUUAGGACAUGGUGUUAUUAUGUGUGAUGUCAUCAGUGGGUUAGGACAUGGUGUUAUUAUGUGUGAUGUCAUCAGUGGGUUAGGACAUGGUGUUAUUAUGUGUGAUGUCAUCAGUGGGUUAGGACAUGGUGUUAUUAUGUGUGAUGUCAUCAGUGGGUUAGGACAUGGUGUUAUUAUGUGUGAUGUCAUCAGUGGGUUAGGACAUGGUGACCUGUCAUGCCACUCACAGUAAACACCACCCAGCCCUUUCACACAAACAAUCCUUUACUCUGCAACACUGAUAAAGACAAUCUACUGUGUGGCGCCACAACCAGUAUAUUUCAACUAGUACACGUUUCCCUCUUUCAAGCUUAUUUACCGAUACAGUAUUCAUUCGUCCUCCGAUAUCUAAUCAUCCUUAACGAAUACAGGAUUGAGUGUUUUCAGUAAUAAAAACCUCGAUCAACAGAGUGAAUGGAAACCAUUUGUACAGUAACAGUAUGAAAGCCAACCAGACUAGAGAGAGGUGUCUGUCUUUUAUAUACUCCAGACUAGAGAGAGGUGUCUGUCUUUCAGAUACUCCAGACUAGAGAGAGGUGUCUGUCUUUCAGGUACUCCAGACUAGAGAGAGGUGUCUGUCUUCCAGGUACUCCAGACUAGAGAGAGGUGUCUGUCUUCCAGGUACUCGAGACUAGAGAGAGGUGCCUGUCUUCCAGGUACUCCAGACUAGAGAGAGGUGUCUGUCUUCCAGGUACUCCAGACUAGAGAGAGGUGUCUGUCUUCCAGGUACUCCAGACUAGAGAGAGGUGUCUGUCUUCCAGGUACUCCAGACUAGAGAGAGGUGUCGUGUCUUCCAGGUACUCCAGACUAGAGAGAGGUGUCUGUCUUCCAGGUACUCCAGACUAGAGAGAGGUGUCUGUCUUCCAGGUACUCCAGACUAGAGAGGUGUCUGUCUUCCAGGUACUCCAGACUAGAGAGAGGUGUCUGUCUUCCAGGUAUCCAGACUAGAGAGAGGUGUCUGUCUUCCAGGUACUCCAGACUAGAGAGAGGUGUCUGUCUUCCAGGUACUCCAGACUAGAGAGAGGUGUCUGUCUUCCAGGUACUCCAGACUAGAGAGAGGUGUCUGUCUUCCAGGUACUCCAGACAGAGAGAGGUGUCUGUCUUCCAGGUACUCCAGACUAGAGAGAGGUGUCUGUCUUCCAGGUCGUGUCUUCUCCAGGUAUCCCAGACUAGAGAGAGGUGUCUGUCUUCAGGUACUCCAGACUAGAGAGAGGUGUCUGUCUUCCAGGUACUCCAGACUAGAGAGAGGUGUAUGUCUUCCAGGUACUCCAGACUAGAGAGAGGUGUCUGUCUUCCAGUACUCCAGACUAGAGAGAGGUUUGGUCGUCUUCCAGGUACUCCAGACUAGAGAGAGGUGUCUGUCUUCCAGGUUACUCCAGACUAGAGAGAGGUGUUGUCUUCCAGGUACUCCAGAAUAGAGAGGUGUCUGUCUUCCAGGUUACUCCAGACUAGAGGAGGGUGUCUGUCUUCCAGGUACUCCAGACUAGAGAGAGGUGUCUGUCUUUCCAGGUACUCCAGACUAGAGAGAGGUUGUCUGUCUUCCAGGUUACUCCAGACUAGAGAGAGGUGUCUGUCUUUUCAGGUACUCCAGACUUUUCAGGUAACCCAGACUAGAGAGGUGUCUGUCUUCCAGGUACUCCAGACUAGAGAGGUGUCUGUCUUCCAGGUACUCCAGACUAGAGAGAGGUGUCUGUCUUCCAGGUACUCCAGACUAGAGAGAGGUGUCUGUCUUCCAGGUACUCCAGACUAGAGAGAGGUGUCUGUCUUUCAGGUACUCCAGACUAGAGAGAGGUGUCUGGUCUUCCAGGUACUCCAGACUAGAGAGAGGUGUCUGUCCUUCCAGGUACUCCAGACUAGAGAGAGGUGUCUGUCUUCCAGGUACUCCAGACUAGAGAGAGGUGUCGUGUCUCCAGGUACUCCCAGACUAGAGAGAGGGUGUCUGUCUUUUUCCAGGGUACUUCCAGACUAGAGAGAGGGGUCGUGUCUCAGGUACUCCAGACUAGAGAGAGGGUGUCUGUCUUCCAGGUACUCCAGACUAGGAGAGGUGUCUUGUCUUCCAGGUACUCCAAGACUAGAGAGAGGGUUGUCUGUCUUCCAGGUACUCCAGACUAGAGAGAGGUGUCUGUCUUCCAGGUACUCCAGACUAGAGAGAGGUGUCUGUCUUCCAGGUACUCCAGGACUAGAGAGAGGUGUCUGUCUUCCAGGUACUUCAGACUAGAGAGAGGUUGUCUUCCAGGUACUCCAGACUAGAGAGAGGUGUCUGUCUUCCAGUACUCCAGACUAGAGAGAGGUGUCUGUCUUCCAGGUACUCCAGACUAGAGAGAGGUGUCUGUCUUCCAGUACUCCAGCAGAGAUGAGGUGUCUGUCUCCAGGUACUCCAGACUAGAGAGGUGUCUGUCUUCCAGGUUUCUCCAGACUAGAGAGGUGUCUGUCUUCCAGGUACUCCAGACUAGAGAGGUGUCUGUCUUCCAGGUACUCCAGACUAGAGAGAGGUGUCUGUCUUCCAGGUACUCCAGACUAGAGAGAGGUGUCUGUCUUCCAGGUACUCCAGACUAGAGAGGUGUCUGUCUUCCAGGUACUCCAGACUAGAGAGGUGUCUGUCUUCCAGGUACUCCAGACUAGAGAGAGGGUGUCUGUCUUCCAGGUACUCCAGACUAGAGAGGUGUCUGUCUUCCAGGUACUCCAGACUAGACUCCAGACUAGAAGAGGUGUCUGUCUUCCAGUACUCCAGACUAGAGAGGUGUCUGUCUUCCAGGUACUCCAGACUAAGAGAGGUGGCUGUCGUUCCAGGUACUCCAGACUAGAGAGAGGUGUCUGUCUUCCAGGUACUCCAGACUAGAGAGGUGUCUGUCUUCCAGGUACUCUCCAGACUAGAGAGGUGUCUGUCUUCCAGUUACUCCAGACUAGAGAGAGGUGUCUGUCUUCCAGGUACUCCAGACUAGAGAGGUGUCUUGUCUUCCCAGAGUACUUCCAGACUUAGAGAGAGGUGUCUGUCUUCCAGGUACUCCAGACUAGAGAGGUGUCUGUCUCCAGGUACUCCAGACUAGAGAGGUGUCUGUCUUCCAGGUACUCCAGACUAGAGAGGUGGUCUGUCUUCCGGUACUCCAGACUAGAGAGAGUGUCUGUCUUCCAGGUCACUCCAGACUAGAGAGGUGUCUGUCUUCCCAGGUACUCCAGACUAGAAGAGGUGUCUGUCCUUCCAGUACUCCAGGACUAGAGAGGUGUCUGUCUUCCAGGUACUCCAGACUAGAGAGGUGUCUGUCUUCCAGGUACUCCAGACUAGAGAGAGGUGUCUGUCUUCCAGGUACUCCAGACUAGAGAGGUGUCUGUCUUCCAGGUACUCCAGACUAGAGAGGUGUCUGUCUUCCAGGUACUCCAGACUAGAGAGGUGUCUGUCUUCCAGGUACUCCAGACUAGAGAGAGGUGUCUGUCUUCCAGGUACUCCAGACUAGAGAGGUGUCUGUCUUCCAGGUACUCCAGACUAGAGAGGUGUCUGUCUUCCAGGUACUCCAGACUAGAGAGGUGUCUGUCUUCCAGGUACUCCAGACUAGAGAGAGGUGUCUGUCUUCCAGGUACUCCAGACUAGAGAGGUGUCUGUCUUCCAGGUACUCCAGACUAGAGAGGUGUCUGUCUUCCAGGUACUCCAGACUAGAGAGGUGUCUGUCUUCCAGGUACUCCAGACUAGAGAGAGGUGACUGUCUUCCAGGUACUCCAGACUAGAGAGGUGUCUGUCUUCCAGGUACUCCAGACUAGAGAGGUGUCUGUCUUCCAGGUACUCCAGACUAGAGAGAGGUGUCUGUCUUCCAGGUACUCCAGACUAGAGAGGUGUCUGUCUUCCAGGUACUAUGCUGCGUUGAAGACCAUGGAGCAGCUGGAGAAGGUCUCCAUCCCCCGGGUCGGCCGAUACCGCUUCUGUCAGAUCAUGGCCGAGAACCUGCCCAAGCUCAGAGAGGACAUUAAGGACAUCUCCAUGUCCGACCUCAAGGACUUCCUGGAGAGCAUCAGGAAACACUCGGACAGGAUCGGAGAGACCGCCAUGAAACAGGUAUGAGACUGUUGUUAUUGUAUAGAAACAGGCAGCAAUGAGACGGGUAUGAGACGGGUAUGAGACGGGUAUAAGACGGGUAUGAGACGGACGGAUGGAGGGAGGGAGGGAGGGAGGGAGGGAGGGAGGGAUGGAGGCAGGGAGGGAGGCAGGGAGGGAGGCAGGGAGGCAGGGAUGGAGGGGAGGAGGGAGGGAGGGAGGGAGGGAGGGAGGGAGGGGUGCUCUUGGUGUGGUGAUAUGAACUGCUUACUGUGCUCUUUUAUUCUGGGGGGGAGCUUCCCCUGGAGCUUCCCCUGGAGCUUUGUAGCACUAAGAUCAUCAUAAAUCUAUUGGAGAAAAUGGACCAAAGAUGUUUGAUCUUGUGCUAGGAAGCUUUGGAAGCGUCCUGUGAGCAGGAGAGAGGUGUGACUGUGUUGUGCUCACCGCCCAGGUACAGCAGCACAGGACGUUUAACAGUGUGGUUCAGAAGCAGGACAGUGGGAUGGGCUUCACCAAGCCAGGCUCCUCCCUGAACGGCCAGACGCCAACGCAGAACAACGGCCUCGCCGCGGAGGAGGACCAAUCAGAGGAGGAGGUGAGAGAGGACUCUUCACAAAGGAACUUUUCAUACUCUUUGGUCAAGUAU